UCCCCUGAACCGAAAGUCAAAGUCGAGUUUAUUGUAAAAUGAAACCUUUAGAUCGGUUUCUGAGUAAGAGAGAUUAAAUUGCAUCUAAUGGAGCUAUAACGUUUAUGUUUAUAUUUAUAUAUACGUUUGUUUAAUCUGCCUUUUUGUUGUUUUAACCGUGUAUUUCCUCCCAGCAUGGAACAGGAUGAGGUUCGCUACAGGCAGGAGACUCCAGUCAAUGGGAAACAUUUUGAGUGGAAGCUGUCAAAUGGACAUCAGUGGAUGCCAAUUGAAAACGACCACGUCAUCGAGACCCACUACUGCCAACCUGGAGCUAAAGGAAUCACCAUCAACUUUGGUGAUAGGCAGGUGUUCAUAGACUUUGAUCAGUUACAGACUCUGACUGCAGGUCUGAAGGUGCAGAGACUAAUCUUCCUACCUCAGGGCCAGACUGAGGAUGUAGGCUGGUACUUCAGAGAUGACCAGCUGUGGCGUGAAUAUGGGUCCCAGAGCUCCAGUAUGCUGUCUUCCUCAAUCAGCAGUGGAGAUGUCGAGCGUCAGUUCACGCUAAACCCUCGAGGAACCUUCAUCUUCACGGUGGGCUCGACGCGCUACUCACUCGACUUCUCCACCAUGACCCAAACAAACAGCAUCACAGGCCUGGGCAGGAAAGUACGAAGGCGUCCUAAAUUCACUUUCAAGGCAGGGAGCCUUUACGCCACAUCAGCUUUCCCCACUGCUCCCUCCUCCCAGCUCACUGAUGGAGGCUACAAGUGGGAGUUCAUGGGAGACGGGGAGAAAUGGACAGAAUACAAAGCACAUAUAUGUUCAUUUGACAGCACUGCCAUUGAGACACAAUACCAGCUGAAUCCACAGGGCCAGCUACACUUCAAGAUCAAGAGAUACUCAUACACCCUGGAUUUUUCAGGAAUGUGUCAAGUCAAUGACAAUAUCGGGACUACAAGAGCAGUGAGGAGGACUGCUGAUGAUGGGAGACAACAGAACAGCAGUCCGGGCACAUGGCCACGAUGGCAGUUUCAAGAUAUUGGUGGAAUUUGGAAAGACUUUUCCAAAGGAAGAAGCAUAUCCAGUCAGGACAUCGAGCUAAAGUACCAACAGAACCCGUUAGGAUCCAUAAUGUUUACAACCAAGAAAUUUAGCUACGAGCUAAACUUCUCAGCCAUGACUCAGAGGAACCUGUCCACGAACACCACCAGAUCAGUGCGGCGACUUAACCAGUGACUGUGGGAUGACAACACAUUUGGAGGUUGGAGGUUAACUUAAUGUUGACCCUCGCAGUUACCUCACUGCCCGCCUCAGGUUGUCUCUCAUAUAUUGGAAUGAUUCAGUAUUGUUCUUCACAAGCUGCCUCUGUCUCUGCUGAUUGGAUGACCUUACACAACAAAACAUGACAUGAGACAUUUAACAGAAGGUGUGAGGGAUUAUUUAUAUUUAUUCAUUCUUUUAGGUUUACCUUUUUACAGGAUACGUCUCUUGUUCUGAAGUGUGUUUUCCUGUACCAUUGCUUGCUGUGAUUUGGCUUGGGUUAGGUUAUAGUUAGGCAUCAUAAAGAUAACUGGUUGUGGUAAAAUUGGGUUGAGGUUAAACUGCGCCAAUUUUACACUGUUGUAUAAAGCCUUUCGUGGCUCCAGACAGUGUGUGUGUGUAUAUGUAUGUAU